CGGUCACCCAGAUGGAGGCACAAGUGCCGGACUCCAGCAGAUCCUUUUCAGGAGAUAAUCCGAUUCUGGACCCGGACCUGUAUGACACGUACAGCUUUGAUGUCCCAGACCCUGGUCUGCUCGUGGAAAAGAAUGAGUUGUCUUUCACCGAGCUGCCGCAGGUCCUUCCGCUCUUCACCGGCAGCCAGCAGUGGCAAGGCAAGUCCCCGAGUGCCCGCGCCCACCAACUGUGGCUGCUCCUGCGUGGACGCCUCCACGACAUCGUCGAGAAGGAGAAGACAGCCGAGCUGCAUGUGGCAUGCCUUACGCACGGGCUGGAGCCGCUGCGCCGCCUGGAGGUGGCGGCCGGGCUGCGCUCCGUGGCACAGGACCCAGCGGGUGGACGCUUUGUGGUGCUCGAUGGCGCGGGCCAUCUGCACCUGCACAGAGAAGAUGGCUGGGCUCAAGAGAAGCUCCCGGCGCCUGUGGCACUUACAGGGCUGGUGGCCGUGCUGGGCCCGCUGGGCGCCCUGGGUCGCUUUGUAGGCUGGGGCCCUGUGGGGCUGGCCAUCCUAGGGCCCAGCUUCAACCUGCUGUGGCUGAGCCAGCUGGGUGUGGGCGGGGCGCCAGGAUGCGAACCUACCUGCUGCCUGCCGGCCCCCGACUGGGGGCUGCUGGUUGUGGCCCACGUGAGCGGCAGCCUGGCGCUCUGGAAAUUCCGCUCAGGUGGUCGCCGCCUGGUGCUGCGUGGGCCACCCCUGCAACCGCCAAGCCCAGCUGGCCAGCUCAAGCGUUUGGCUCUGGGACCAGCACCUCCCUAUGAGGCCCGGUGCUGCUUCGCGGCCUGUGGUUCAGCUGUGCUGACCUUCAAUCUGCAGGUCUGGGCUCUCGUAGAUGUGCGCAGGGACCUGCACAAAACCACCAUCUCGGACCUGGCUUACUGUGAGGAGGUAGAGGCAAUGGUGACAGCUUCCCGGGACAGCACAGUGAAGGUGUGGGAGGCUGACUGGCAGAUCCGGAUGGUGUUCGUGGGCCACACAGGUCCAGUGACGGCGCUGGCUGUGCUCCCGAACACCACCCUGGCAUUAUCGGCCUCACAGGACGGGACGCUACGUACAUGGGACUUGCGGGCAGCAGCACAGGUGGGCGAGGUAGGGCUAUGCUACUGGGGCCAGGACGCGCGGUCAGGGCGCGUGAGACACCUGUUGGCACCUGUAGGCCCUGGCUGGCCUGUGCUCUCGGUGUGUACAAACAGCGUGGAGCUGUGGCGCGUGCGUGAGCUCUACUCGCCACUGGCCCAUCUGCCCGCACCAGUGCUCCAUCUGCAGGUGGCGCCCACGCUUCCGGCGCCCACGCACCCGUCGCUUCCCACGCGCCUCGUGUGCGCCUGCGCCGAUGGCUCGGUCUACCUGGUGUCGGCUGCGACUGGGCGCACAGUGAGCGCGCUGCUGCUGGGACCCGAAGACUGCGCAGCUGCAGUGGCCUACUGCCUUCCAUGUGAGGCGCUCUGGCUGCUGACGCAGGCCGGGCACCUGGUACGAGCCAACGCGGCCCUCAACCCCAUGCUUGUGCUGCACCGGGUGCAGCCGCCGCCUCCCCAGGCGCCAUGGCCCUGCUGCCUGCACCUUUACAGCCACCUCACAGACCCCGGCAGCGCGUUUGCCUCCUGGGAGCUCGUGCGCCAGAACAGGGGCGAGCCCCGCCGCAGCACUGUGGCCUGGAAGAACAAGAACCGGUUCUUGCCGGUGGUGGGGCACACUGAUGGCACUCUGUCAGUUCUUGAGUGGUUCUCGUCCGAGACUGUCUUCCACACAAAGGCUCACAGCCCGGGUCCAGUCACCGCUAUUGCAUCCACCUGGAACAGUGUCGUGUCUUCCGGCGGAGACCUGACGGUGAAGAUGUGGCGAGUCUUCCCCUACGCCGAGGAGAGUCUGAACUUACUGCGCACCUUCUCCUGCUGUCACCUAGUCAUGACACUCUGUGCCCUUGGCAAACGUGUCACCGUAGGCUUUGAGGACCCAGACAGUGCCACCUAUGGCCUGGUACAGUUUGGCCCAGGCGACAAUCAGAGAUUCGAUCACCGGCCCCAAGAUGACCCCACGGACCACAUCACUGGCCUGUGCUGCUGCCCCACGCUCAAGCUGUAUGCCUGCUCCAGCCUAGACUGCACUGUCCGCAUCUGGACCGCCAAGAACCGCCUGCUGCGGCUCCUACAGCUGAACAGUGCCCCUCAGGCCCUGACCUUCUGCAGCAACAGUGGAGACCUGGUGCUGGCACUGGGCUCCCACCUAUGCCUGGUAUCCCAUGGGCUCUACCUGCCCACAUCCUACCUGGUUAAGAAGCUGUGCUGGAAGGCUCCUGACAUGGUGGAUGACCCUCCACUGCCGUUGACCAGCCAGCAGUCGCUGACUUCUGCCCAGCUGCAGAGGCUUGCCAGCCUACAUGGGGCAGCCAGCCUCAGGUCUAGUGGCAGGCCCCUUGGCCAUCAGGGAGACCUACCCAGCCCCAGCACCCGCUUCCCUUCCAGGCCCCAUCCCAGCCUCUGCCCUGACUGGCUGGUAUGCCACCCUGUGUCCUACCUGUGCCUGUCCCCAUCUGCAGUGCUGCCUUGUCUUUCAUCCAUCGCGAGAUGGUCCCUCCUCAGCAACCAGUGGAGAAGGAGGUGGGUGGGUCCUCCUUACAUGUUGCAAAGCUCAAGGAAGACUAGGUUGACCUCUGACCCCCCACCUCAGGACUUGGAAGCUCUAGUAGCCCGGGAUCAAGACCUUCAGCAGCUGAGGGUGGGGCUGGUGGUCCCGGCAGACCGGCCCCCACCCUCCUGGCAGCAACGCCAGGAAGCCUUUGACAAUUACCUACACCUGAUAUAUGGCACCAGCCUGCUGGGCGUGCGGUCUGGAAAGGAGUCCUGGCAGUGGAACACUGGGAACCUCACAGUGGAGAGAGAGAUCUGGAACAUGUGUGCCCUGCCCAGAGCUGCCCCCUGUCUCUGGCAGGCUGUAGUCAACACUGAAGCACAGACAGUACCAACAGCCCUGCCCCCUCAGGACCUGGGGACCCUAGGCCAGCGCUAUGCCCGCCCUCCCCAAGUCACCUUGCCCAUCCCACCCACCCACCGGAGGGUACAUAGCAGGGCCUCCCUGCUUCUGGCUCGCUCCUCCCUAUGCCACGACUUGGGUCUAAGCCUGGAUCUGCAGCUACAGUGGGAACAGCUCCAAGGGUGGACAACCAUGGUCCAGACCCCACCAUCUUCCCACCUGAGGCACAGGGUCCCCCUGCUGCUGAAGAGACGGCCCAAGGAGCCUCUCUCUAACGUUGGGGGCUUCUUUCCUGCCACUGCGCAAUCACACAAGUACCCGCUGCCCAUCAGCUUCCCAGGCUGCGUGCCCAACUCUGUGGUGCUACAGCAAAUCUGGCUGCCCAGAGAGGUCAGCUGCCCAAGCUCCCUCGCCUGGCUCACACCCCAGAAGAGACAUAAGGCAAGAAGGUCAGGCUGGGUGGCAGGGCAGGGCUCAGGGAGGGCUCUGCUAUCCCCAGCCCAGCAGAUAACAUAUCUGUACUCUUCUCUGCAGCCAAGUACCAGCCAGGAUGACCUAUGGCUGCAACGGCACAAUAGGCAGUUUCACACCCAAUGGCAAAGGGAACUCACCUUGUGGUUUGGGGAGGAGGAGGGAGAGGAGGAAAAUCUGGACCUGGAAGAUGACUGGACCUCAGCUUUCCCGAAAGUGUCCGACCAGCAGCUGAAACCCCAACAACUGGUUCCCGGAGAGGGCUCUGCAGAUUUAACCCUGGAGCCCUCACACUCCCCUGAAGCCGCCAGAUGGAAAUACUACGGGAGUGCGUCUUGGGAAGAGUACUUCGGGCAUCUGCCUAGGUUCCUGCAUUUUUUCGUCUGCCAGGACUGGUUCAAAAGGCUGUUCCCCAACUUCAGCCUGGAGGCAUAUCCUGAGAUGGCCAGAGUGGAGGGCCUGGUUUCAGCACUCCUGGACCUGCUGAAAGAGGCCACAUGGGCAGACCGAGUGUACAUCCUGCAUGCGCUGCUGCGGCUGCUUCCCGACGUCAGCAGCACCCUCCACGGGCAACUACAGAGCACUGUCCUGUACUUGCUCAAUCUGGACCAGCCCCCCAGCUUUCAGGACCAGACGCAGAAGCAGUUUGUGACGCUGGCGCUGCAGCUGCUUCUGGCCUGCUCCCUGGAGUCCCGAGAUGUGGUGCUGGAGCUUAUGACCUACUACCUCUACUCACCAGCCCCCUGCCGGCCAGAGAUCAAGAAGCUGCUGGAUGGGCUGGGCCUAUGGGACCCAGAGGGCUUCCUGUUCAAGGAGCUGCUGACCUGGGUCCAGGGCUCUAACUUCGAGUCCAAGGCUGCACUGCGUAGGCGCUGCUGCCAGAAGCUGGAGGACCUGAUCCAGAAGCUGCAGGUUGGGCUGGCAGGGGUUAGGUGGGCCACCUCUGGGAAACCUCUGGCUGUCUUGGAGGCUUUCCUGCGGUCAUCAGGGGAGAGCCAAGUGAGGCUAGGUGCUCCUUGCCUUGUCCAGCUCUGGGUCCAGGAUCCUCACCUCAAUGCAUCUUUGGCCUCUCCCCUAGGCUGGGGCUUGGGCAGUGGGGCUUUCAGUGUCCACUCGGGGGCUCCAGGAACAAGGGCACUUCUUCCCCUGCAGGUGAACACCGUGCGGGCACCAUCUAUAGCCCAGUUGUCUACAGUGCUAUCCAGGGUUUCAAAUGAUACCUUGGUGGCACUUUCUGCUUCCAAGGAGACUGCAGCAUUGCAGGCUUUGAUGUUCUCCAGGCCACUUGCAGGCACCUCAUUGACACCUUCAGCCACCUCCUGGUCACCCUCCACCAUCUCUGAGAGGCUCUCACAUGCCUUGGAAGUACCUGUACUGGUGUUCCCACCUGCAGAGCCAGACCCAACCACCCUGCAGAGACACACCCAGCGCAAGCUCUCGGAUAUGCUGCAGACCUUCCCUGCAGUGCCCCAGACCCGAGCAGGCUCCUCUGUUUCCUCGGUGCUACCUGACCAGCUGCUGCCACUGGAGAAGACGGACUGGUCACGGUCACAGAUGCUGGACCUAGGCCUCAUUGACAUGCUCAACUUAUUCUGCGCGCAUCAGCGGGCUCGGCAGCAGAGUUUGGCCCAGGAGACUGCACUCCCACGCCCACCAGGGCCCAACACAGUAUUGCUGCCCCCUCGGGCUCAUUGGCGCCACCCCAUUCUCCGGCUUCAGGAGGUCAAGAAGGUUCCAGGCUCUAGGAUGAGACUGAGGGGCCGGAUGCUGUCCCGGCUCUGUGCUGGCCGCGCCCUUGACGGCUCCAUCCGGAUGUUGAAGCUGCCACUACCCCGGGUGGAACUGCAGCCUUUCCCGCCUGGCUGGCCCAGGCCUGCCCGCUCUCGGCCCCCACUGCUCCUGCAGCCCGCCCUGCAGCGCUACUUCCUGUUGGACGACACGGACCCUGACAGCUACCGCUGAGCUAGCUGGUUGACCACCUGAUGCCCCCACUUUCCCUUACCCCCAGCAUGACAAGUAGCACCUGCUGUCGAGCCUGUCAUUGGCCUUGACUAAGGCCCAAUGUGGAAUAAAGUCCAGGAGCUUCAGCAAGGUUGAGGCCAUUUCUUUCUCUGGAGGGCCCUGGGGUGAACAAAGUCUGGCUGACCUGCAGGCAGCUAGUCAUCCGUGGAAGGCAGGAGCGGAGGACAUGGCUGAGUCUGUGGUGGGUGAGCAUCAGGACGUGGUCAGCAUAUGUUGAGCGGCACUGGUGCUUGGGGGA